CUCUUUCUCUCUUUCUCUCUUUCUAUCGGUUAUCUUGCUUCAUCUUAUUUUUAUUACAAUGUGUAAAUGACAUUAGAAACCUAGUUCCAAUAUUAAUUUUGAUCAUUUGUUCCAUUUACGAGAUUCCUAUUGUGUGUAUUUCCUGGUCUUGGUCGCCUGACUACAAAUCAUGUUGAAACGUCUGUGUCUUGUGCUGUAACCUGUCAUUUUAUUUCUUUUUCAUGUUUUUUCCUGCUCUCUAGCUAAAUUAUCUAGACUGAUCUUUUACCUUUGAUUUCAAGAAUUAUUUACUUCAUUCUAUUUACUAAGAGUUGAGUAAGAAUACAUCUUGAUUAGAUUUCCAUUUACCAAGGUAAACCAGUCCUAUCUAAGGCAAUAGUUAUACAACAUUCUGGUUUGAUUGUUAUUGUGCUAACUUCUUCUACAAAGGAACUUUGAACAGUAUUCCAAGCUCCCUUCUUUCAAAUCAUCAUCAUACUUGCCCAACCUUUUCUUUUUUCUUGUUUUCUUUUUCAUUUCUCCGUUUAUUUUCACAUCUCAAAUAAACAACUGUAAGUCAUUUUCAAUUUUUUAAGUGCUUAUAGUUUGUUACAUUCCAAGUUAGCUUCCUAGUUUGCUGCAUUGUAUGUGUUAACAUGAAUCGCAGUAAUUGUCUGUUUAAAAUAGGCUCGAACUUAGUUGCACAGCAGCCACUUCGGACGCUUCGGACUUCCAACCACUUACUGCAAAAUCACGACACAAAUGACUUUGAUUUACCCCCUUACGUCCAUCAAAAACUGUCGUAUGCCUAUGGACGAAGUAGCAAGCCAUUCAGUAUCGAAACUCUUCCUCAAAUACUCGAGAAACGAGCUGCUGAAGAUGGAAGCCGAGUACUGUUUACACUACACCAUGAAGAGAAAACCCUUACCUAUGCAAUGCUUCGUGAACAAGCAUCUCGACUUGCUUCAAUCUUACAUCACAAAAUUGGUAUUGCAAAAGGAGAUAUGAUCGGCUUAUGGUCUUUAAACACUGCUAAUUGGAUAAUAGUUAAAUUAGCUGCAGACUUUCUGGGGGCUGUUCUGGUAACAAUCAAUCCUUAUUACAAGGUUGACGAGCUCGCUUAUUUAGUCCAAAAAUCCCAAUGUAAAAUACUUUUCAUGCCUGGCGAGGAAUCAGUCCAACUGAGUUACAAUAAUUUUACUGAAGUUGUUCAAGAUGAAAGUUUUCUUCAGCAAGUAUCUCAGACUAAAUUAGGUCAUUUCUUUCUUAUUGACGGAGUAAGGAAACAAAGUAAAUAUGGCAAAUAUCCAGUCCAUACAUUUGAAGAUUUUCCUGUUUCACAAUCAUAUCCACCAAUUGAUUUUUAUCAGGAUCCUGAUGACCCGUCUUGUCUCAUGUUCACUUCAGGAACGACUGGUAAACCAAAAGGUGCUCUUUUAUCCUCUUUUAGCAUGUUAAACGAUUGCGAUUUUGCCUCAGAUCGACUUGGUUUGCAUGAUGAUACUGUCAAAAUUUGUUGUCCUCUUCCUUUCUUCCAUUCUUACGCAUUCACACAUGGCUUAUAUACAUCUUUAGUACGCAACCAUCCAGUUGUUGUGACAGAUUAUAAAUUUGAUGUAAGGUCAGUCUCCGAAUCUAUAAAGAAAUACGAAUGCACAGUAUUUUUAUCCACACCAACAAUGGUGAUUGAUUUGAUGGCAUACAUCGGUUCAAAGGGUAUAAGUUUAGAUUCUUUAUCAACACUUUGUUUAGGGGGCGCAGUUUUGGAUCCUGAUAUAGUCAGGCAGAUUAAAACGAAAAUACCAAGUGUUACUACUGUUUUGAAUGGUUAUGGAAGCACUGAGCUGAGUCCUGCGACAACUUUAUGCAGUUGGAAUGAUGACCCUGAAAAAAUUAAGUCAACUGUUGGCAGACCCUUACCAUAUGUCGAAGUGAAAAUCGUUGAUCCUAAAACAACUAAGAUCAUGCCUCAUCAUGAAAAAGGUGAAAUUUGGGUUCGUGGUUUCAAUGUUAUGCAGAAAUAUUUUGAUGAUGAAGAAAAAACACGAGAAUCGAUUACCUCUGGUGGUUGGUAUCAAACUGGUGACAUAGGCAUAAUGGAUGAAGCCGGUUACCUUAAAAUUGCUGGAAGAAUCAAGGAGAUGUUGAUCCGAGGUGGUGAAAAUAUUUAUCCUCAAGAAGUUGAGAAUGCUCUUAUGAGUCAUCCUGCAAUUAAAGAAGCCUAUGUUUUUGGUAUUCCUGAUGAACGUGUUGGUGAAGAAAUUUGUACAUGGAUCAGUUUAGACCAAAACGAGCCCGAAGUAGCUCCUAAAGAAGUUCGAGAAUUUUUAAAAGGAAAAUUAACUUAUUUCAAAAUACCUAAACAUGUAUUUAUAGUUAAGGAGUUUCCUAAACUUUCAACUAUCAAAGUUUCAAAGCUCGAAAUGAAGAAACAGACGAUUGAAAUGUUGAAGGAUUCAAACAAGUCUUAAAUCAACUUCGUGCCAAUCUUUUUUUCUUCCUAACUUGGAAUCUGUAAAUCAUUGCUCAAAAGCCGGAAAUUUAAAUGGACAAUUAUUUUACUCAAAGACAAUUCAAAAAACAUUGGACACUCGAAAGCAUAAUUAUAAUUGUCUUGAUUGGCCAUAUUUUAAAAAAUAUUUUGUUAUUCAUUUUCGAUUUAUUAAAAAUUACUUUCUUUCUGGUCUCCCAGUUAGAUUGUAAAAGUUAUUGUAUUUAAA